AUGCGUUUGCAAGGUGGAGGCACAGACGCAGCAAGGGGCUCCAAUGAGGACGACGGGACAGGUACUUGUAGUGAAGACGAUGGUACGGUGGCCAAGACCGCGGUCGACGCAGUCGCAAGAACGGGCAUCGAUGAUGAUGACGAGGUGGCUUUGAGCGAUCGCGGUGCGGUGGGCGGGGAGUGUGCGUGCGUAGCCAUCAGUGGCGAGCACAUGUAUGUGCAUGUGAGACUGAAGACUUACACUCGCUGCCUACGAACAAUCAGAAGCUGCAGUGCUCCUGUCAGCGAACGGCUCAGCACUUGGAGAUCUGGAUGUCAACAAGGUCGUCGAGGUGAGAGAGGGCGUAAGCGAUGAGAGGCGGGAGAGGAAAAUCUUUUUCUGUGGCAUCAAGCAGUUUUCCUGA